AUGGCCGUCCUUCGCCGUCCCUCAGAGCCACGCGUUUUCCCCAGAUCAGGAUGGGAUACCAUCGACCCUUCAGUACCAGUUGAAGAAGAGACAAUCCCCACCUACAGACCCGAUAAAUUCUACCCGGUUCACAUCGGCGAAGUGUUCAACCACCGAUACCAAGUUGUAGGGAAGUUGGGGUAUGGAUCCAGCGCGACAGUGUGGCUAUGUCGCGACCUCUUGGAGCAUCGCUAUAUAGCACUGAAGGUCUACACGGUAUCAACAUCAGUGAUGCGAGAGAUCGAAAUUUACAACCAUUUAAGAACUGUCCACUCUGACCACGCUGGUCAGUCGUGCCUGCGACCGUUAAUUGAGGUUUUUCAAGCCCAGAGCCCUGAUGGAUGUAGUGUCCAUACUUGUCUGGUGCAUCCGCCUCUUGGGAUCAGCCUCGACCAGCUGGCGUCAUUGCUGCCAGGCGGGGUCAUGAGCUGCGCUAUGGUGAAAACCACUAUCCGGAAUAUUCUGGCCGCUUUAGAUUUCCUUCACACGGAGGCACGGGUUAUACAUACAGACCUGCAACCGAAUAAUAUUCUUCUUGGCAUCAAGGACGAAACCAUACUAUCGAAAUUCGAGAUCGCGGAAUUUGAGUCUCCCGUGCCGCGGAAGACCCUCGGGAACCGUACCAUUUAUCUUUCACGGCCUCUCCCCAUAUCCUAUGGCACGCCUGUUCUUUGUGAUUUAGGCGAGGCUCGACUGGGCACGGAAAAACAACAAGGCGAUAUCAUGCCAGAUAUCUACCGUGCACCGGAGGUCAUUUUGGACAUGAGCUGGGACUAUAAAGUUGACAUAUGGAAUGUUGGAAUGGUGAUCUGGGAUCUAUUUGAGCGCCGUCACCUUUUUAAGGCUCGGAAUCCUGAGCGAAAGUUGGACGACGGAUAUUAUCUUGCUGAGAUGCAGGCGGUACUUGGAGAUCCUCCUCUUGAGUUCCUCGCUCAGAGCGAAAGGAGCUUGCAGUUCUGGGACAAAAAUGGUAAAUGGAGAGGUGCAGCUCCCGUCCCGGAUUAUAAUCUCAAUACUCUGGAGGAGAGACUACAGGGUGAUGAAAAAGACGAAUUCCUUCGUUUCCUCCGACGGAUGUUAUGUUGGCAACCGGAAGAAAGAGCCACUGCAAAAGAACUUCUUUUUGACCCCUGGUUAAUGGAAGGUCUCUUUAAGUGA